CGAGGUUUCGUGUUCGAUCAGUGUUAUUUCACUCGUUGCGCACCUGCGAGCGAUUUGCGGCGCGAUUUCGGAUAAAAGAAAGGAAAAAUAGAGCAAGUUGAACUGGUAGAGACGUAUCAAGGGUUUAAAGAAAAAAUAAUCAUCGAUUCAACUUCAAAGGCGCCCCAAUAAAGGAAACUCACUUUACAAGAAACAACAAUUAUGAGAUCGAAGUUACUUCCCGACCUACCUAAUCAUUCGUUCGUGAUUUUGUGAAUAUCGCUCGAAGAUCGUUACCCAAUGAUCAGAGCUAGACCAUUGUGUAAUACAUAAUCGUUCGAAGAGGACCAUUGAUAACGUCGGACCUUCGCAGUGAUAUCGCGGUAAUAUUUCAGUCAAGCUGCCAAUAAAUUUCAUCACUCGCCGUCUGAUCGUCGGUGUAUCGGUCGAUACGUGCCGUUUGCUUGUGGAAGACACAUUUUUAUGCGGCGUCGCGCGAACGUCGAACGUGAUCCUAAAAACGUGUUCAACGCCAGACAUUGGCGGAAGGAUUUGUCGCGAUCGUAAUUAAAAUCGCGGGAGAAACGUGAAACGAAUCAUGUCGUUGGAUAAAACGGACACGACAGGACAAUUUGUGAAAGUACGAUCGGAGAGGACUGGCUUUAAACCUAUUGAACGAUGGCGUAUCACGAGGAACGUUCUGAUAAUUGGAAUCGCGUUUAUGGUGAACUUCACGGCAUUCAUGGGGGCGACGAAUUUACAGAGUUCGAUUAAUGCCAAUGGAUCGUUGGGUACCUUCACGCUGGCGUCAAUUUAUGGCAGUCUGAUCUUCAGCAAUAUCUUUCUGCCGACUCUGAUUAUAAGCUGGCUGGGCUGUAAAUGGACCAUAUCAUUGUCCAUUCUGACUUACGUGCCGUUUAUGGCUGCACAAUUCUACCCAAAAUUCUACACCAUGAUACCAGCUGGGUUGAUGGUUGGUAUCGGUGCAGGGCCACUCUGGUGCGCCAAAUGCACUUAUUUAACGGUCGUCGCAGAAGCAUACACCACUCUAUCGAAUGUAGCCCAGGAUGUCCUCGUCACGAGAUUCUUCGGCCUGUUUUUCAUGUUUUACCAGAUGGCACAAGUCUGGGGGAAUCUUAUAUCUUCGGCAGUCCUUUCAUAUGGAAUCGACACGGUGCCAACGAAUAUUACACUGAAUAGUAGCAUUGUGGCGGAGGCGUGUGGUGCCAAAUUUUGCGGUGCAACUUCCGAUACCGACGACAGUCCGAAUUUGGAACGACCUCCAGAGGAAAGAAUUCAUCUAAUCUGCGGCAUCUAUUUGGGCUGUAUGAUAGUCGCUUCAUUGAUUGUGAUGUUUGGAGUUGACUCGCUCUCGAGGUAUGACAGAGGUAGAUCAGGAUCAGCGACAGGCCAGUCAGGAUUCAAAUUGUUGGCUGUGACACUGAAACUAUUGAAGGAGAAAAACCAGAUCCUUAUACUGCCAAUAAUAAUAUUCAUUGGAGCGGAGCAAGCAUUCUUAUUCGCUGAUUACAAUGCUUCAUUUGUCUCAUGUGCAUGGGGAAUCAACAAUAUCGGUUAUGUAAUGAUCUGUUUCGGUGUGACGAACGCUAUAGCUGCUUUAGGUACAGGAUCUAUAAUGAAACUAACAGGAAGAAGACCUUUGAUGAUAUUAGCUUUUUGUAUUCACAUGGGAAUUUUUACUUUCCUGUUGCGUUGGAAACCCACUCCUGAUCAAAAUCAAAUAUUCUUUUUGAUGUCUGGAUUAUGGGGUCUUUGUGACGCUAUGUGGCUGGUACAAAUAAACGCUCUGUCAGGUUUGCUGUUCCCAGGCAAAGAAGAAGCCGCUUUUUCGAACUUCCGACUGUGGGAGUCCACAGGUUCUGUGAUCACAUACGUGUACAGUCCUUACCUCUGCACUCAAACGAAGCUGUACUGUCUAAUAGCAAUCCUCUGUCUUGGAAUGAUUGGUUACGGUAUAAUCGAGUGGAUUGGGAAAGCCGAUAGAUCGGUUCCAGAAUCGAAACCAGAUUUCGAAUUGGUGACAAAUGGCGAAUUGAACGACACGACGAAACUUUGAGUUGACAAGAAUAAAAUUAAUGAAUCCUUUCAAUUAGAAAUAUGAUCUCUUGUCAGACGUUGCUCUGUAUGAACCUCAGUUUUGUUAGUUAGUUUAAAACAAUAAUUCUCAGGUAUAAAUGCUUCGUCAUGAUGUGACUAGAAAAUUACAGGAGUUUUGUUGAUAUGUAAAAUUAUUUUAUAAUCGAGUCAUUGUGUUAAAGAGAGGGCGAUGAAUUAAAGAAGAAACAAAAGGAGCUGAUUUUACUAGCGAUAAUUCUUCGGAUUAUUUUGAAAACGCUCGACAAUAGGAUUAUCGGUGUGAAUAAUAUUAUAAUUGCGGUAUACAUAUCGUAUAUAUAGAAAUCAUACACAAAUCAGAUCGGCAUAUAAAAAAUUAUAUGUACAAGAAAGAGUUCGGUUGGAGGCGCAGUCAGGACCUUGAAGGUACGAUCUUUUGUGUGAUUUGUACCAUAAUAUAUGUUUUUAUUUUAUUCUUGUGGACACCUACUAGAUUUUACACAGAUAGUUCGCUUAACCGCUAAAGAUUCUUUUCUCCGUCUCUUCUUCAUGUUUUUUUCCUUUUUUUUCUUGUCUCUUUAAAUACGUAGUUUAAUGUUACAUCGUGUGUCUAGGUGCUAACAUUCAAGCUAAAGCUACGGCUGCUUAAUUUAAUUGUAUACUUAAUGUGCUUAAUUUCCUUUUCACUGUACGCGUGAUGUGUCUCAUGUAUGUGGUAUCUCUGUAUAUUAUGUAUGUAUACAUGUAUAUAUGUGUUCGUAAAUGUAAUAAAGUAUGUUAUGUCAGAUUGUAUGUAUAAUAUGUAUCUGUGCGAGUGUCCAUCUGUAUGUAUGUAUGUAUGUAUGUAUGUAUGUAUGCAUGUAUGUAUGUAUGUAUUAACGCGUUUUCCUCUCUCGUAGUAUGUUCCGCUUUAUGCUCAUCGUUUAUUGUGCUGUCACGAUCAAUUGUCCCCCGUCUCUUUUAAAUUGCGAAGGCGAUGGUAUAUUACAAGAUUAUUUGCCGCUUGAUGUAUAUCGCGUGGCCCGUUACGCGGAUCUUCUUGAAUUUGUCUGAAUUUCGUAUUAAUAAAUAAUAAACGAAU